GACAGAUUCAGAGAGGGAGCCCUGAGCUACUGUUCAAGACAGGCACUUCCUGUGGGCUCCUGGAUAAGAGCAACCUGCAGCCAUGGGACAGGCGCUGGGGAUCAAGAGCUGUGACUUCCAGGCAGCAAGAAACAAUGAGGAGCACCAUACCAAGGACAUCAGCUCCAGGCGCCUUGUCGUGAGAAGGGGGCAGCCCUUCAUCAUCACACUGCACUUUCGGGCUCCAGUCCAUGCAUUUCUGCCCACCCUGAAGAAGGUGGCCCUCAUUGCACAAACUGGAGAGCAGCCUUCCAAGGCCAACAUGACCCAGGCCACAUUCCCAAUUUCCAGUCUGGGGGACCAGAAGUGGUGGAGUGCAGAGGUGGAGGAGAGAGAUGCCCAGUCCUGGACCAUCUCUGUGACCACCCCCUCAGACGCUGUCAUCGGCCACUACUCACUCCUGCUGCAGGUCUUGCACAGGAAACCACGCCUCCUGGGCCAGUUCACCUUACUCUUUAACCCCUGGGUUCAAGAGGAUGCUGUGUUCCUGGAGAAUGAGGCGCAACGCUGGGAGUACUUGUUGAACCAGAACGGCCUCAUCUACCUGGGUACAGCUGACUGCAUCCAGGAAGAGCCCUGGGACUUUGGCCAGUUCGAGGGGGAUGUCUUGGACCUCAGCCUGGACCUGCUGAGUGUGGACAAGCAGGUGGAGAAGUGGGGCAACCCUGUGCAUGUGGCCUGCAUCUUGGGCAGCUUGCUGCACGCCCUUAAGAAGAAGAGUGUCCUGCCCACCCCGCAGCCCCAGGCUACCCAGGAAGGGGCCUUGCUGAACAAGCGCCGGGGCAGCGUGCCCAUCCUGCGGCAGUGGCUCACAGGCCAAGGGCGACCUGUGUAUGAGGGUCAGGCCUGGGUGCUGGCUGCCGUUGCUUGCACAGUGCUGCGGUGUCUGGGGAUCCCUGCCCGAGUUGUUACCACGUUCGGCUCAGCCCAGACCACCGGUGGACGCCUGUUUGUGGAGGAGUGCUAUGAUGAGGAGGGGCUUCAGAACGGAAAAGUCCAGAGAGGAAAAAUCUGGAUCUUCCAGACUUCCACGGAGUGCUGGAUGGCCCGACCUGCUUUGCCCCAGGGUUAUGGUGGAUGGCAGAUUCUGUACCCAAGUGCUUCUGAGGGAGGUGGAGCCCUGAAGGCCUGUGAUCUGGUCCCUGUCAGAGCAGUCAAGGAAGGGACCCUGGGGCUGACCCCUGCAGUGGCAGACCUUUUUGCCACAGUAAACGCCUCAUGUGUGGUCUGGAAGUGCUGCGAGGAUGGGACACUGGAGCUGACCAACUCCAACACUAAGUAUGUCGGCAACAACAUCAGCACCAAAGGUGUGGGCAGCGACCGCUGCGAGGACAUCACUCAGAACUACAAGUACCCUAAAGGAUCUCUUCAAGAAAAAGAGGUGUUGGCGAGAGUCCAGAACAAGAAACUGGAACAUGGGGGAUAUGAUGGCAACCGUCCUCCCAGUCCUGAGACUGCCGAUCCUCUGUACUUGUUCUUGGAAGCACCCACCUCCCUCCCCCUGGGAGGGGAUGCCCAAUUCUCUGUCACCUUGAUUAACCCCAGUGACCAGGAGAAGAGUGUGCAGCUGGCAAUUGGGGUGCAGGCAGUGUAUUACAAUGGCGUCCUUGCUGCUGAGCUCUGGAGGAAGAAGAUGUUUCUUGAGCUCACUGGCAACCUAGUGAAGAAAAUCACCACCAUCCUGUCCUACUCCUAUUUUGAGCAAAGCCCACCCGAGAACAGCUUCCUCAGACUUACCGCGUUGGCAACGUACUCAGAGUCCAGCCUCAGCUGCUUUGCUCAGGAAGACAUCGCCAUUGGCAGACCAUGCCUCACCAUUGAGAUGCCAGAGGCGGCAGAGCAGUAUCGACCUCUUACAGCCUCAGUCAGCAUCCAUAACUCUCUAGAUGCUCCCAUGAAGGACUGCAUGAUUUCCAUCCUUGGAAGGGGGCUCAUUCACAGAGAGAGGACCUACAAAUUAGGUCCUGUACGGCCUGGAGACACCUUGUGCACCCAAUUCCGGUUCACACCUACGAAGGUGGGGCUCCAGCGGCUCACGGUGGAAAUGGACUGCAACACAUUCCAGAACCUAACCAACUACAGAAGUGUCACUGUGGUAGCCCCUGAACUUGCAGCUUAA